AUGAGUAAUCAAAGUGUUGUAACACCUAAUUCACCAGGUGUACAGUCACCACCAAACAACGGAAUUGGAACACCUGGUACUCCUGGUGGAAUGACCGGUAGUAGCAACAAUAAUAAUACUUCAACCACCAAUAAUAAUAAUAAUAGCAAUAAUAGUGAUGAUGAACUGUCAUCAAAACAAUCAGAAGUGGAUAUGUUAACAAGUGAGAUCGAUAGAAUUUCAACAAAGCUAUCAACUUUACAAGCUGAAAAUUCAUCUAUUCGUGAAGAAUCAUUAAAGGAAAAGAAUUCUAUUCAACCUUUGGUAAAGAGAAUUGCGGAAUUGGAAUUAGAGUUGCUACAGAAAGAUUCAGAGAUUUCAAAGUUGAACGAUCAAUUGAUUGAAUUGAAACAGUCACUCAAAGAUGAAAAAUCGACGCUCAAAGAGGUUCUGACACAGUUGGAUAUUGAACGUGAGAAGAUCGAAAAGAUGGAGAAGCAUAUUCAGAACAAUCCGUCACCCGCCGACUAUGAGAAUGUAAAGCGUGAGCUUGCAACGCUUCAGGCGAUUGUCGGAUCGGACGAAGUGACCAACAGCAACCAACAGAAUGUAGAUAAACUGAUGAAAGAGAAGAAUAGACAGUUGGAGAAUGAACUCACCAAGCUACGACUUACAGCCGGCACCUACGAGACGGAACUGGACGAAUCUCGACGAAGAGUACAACAGUUGGAGUCGAUUCAAAUCGAGCAGAGUCAACUCAUUCACCGACUUGAAGAGGACAUCACCACUCGUGGCGGUAGUAGCAUGCUUAACAAUGGCGGUCUCAUUGGCAACAGUGGAAACGUCAACGCUAACCAACCACAAGACUUGGAAUCACUGAUAAGCCAAUCAACAACACCAAGUCUUAACCAAUCUUUGAACAACCUUCCCGACUCAACAUCGUCACAAUCAACCAUCGUCGUACAAUCCAAAGAUGAUAAAAUGUUAGACAUUGUAGUCGGACAAAGAGAUAGAUUCAAAGUAAAGAAUUUAGAAUUAGAAGGUGAAAAAUCUCAAUUGGAAAAACAAUUGGAAACAUGUAAAUUAGAAACAUCUUCGUUGAAACAAGAUAAUAUUAAGCUAUAUGAAAAGAUUAGAUUCCUUCAGAGUUAUGAUAAGAAUAGAGGUGGUGGUAUAAUCACUGGCAAUCCAAAGAGAGCAGAGAAUUCCUAUGACUUGGAGAGAGCUGGUGGUGGUAGCAGCGGAAGUGGUGGUGGUAGCGGUGGUGGAAGAUCAAAUAACACCGGCGGUGAAACCGAGGAGAAGUACGGAAAGCUCUAUGAAGACAGUAUCAAUCCAUUCCUAUCGUUUAACAAGAAAGAGAAAUACAGGCGAUACAAAGAGAUGAACACCGCUGAGCGUGUCAUCUUGAACACCUCAAGAUUCUUCCUCUCCAACAAAUACAGUCGUCUCUUCCUCUUUAUCUAUUCAAUACUUUUGCAUCUCUUGGUUUUCAUUACACUCUACAAGCUGGCGGUGACCACCGCCGAACAACACGCCGACGACUAUGUUCCAGGUGCCAACAAUCAAUUCAACAUAGACACACUAAUAAAUAAUCAAACAAACUUUUUCCACCAGCAAAAAAUUCAAUUGAUAUCCAAUAGUCAUUUAAUGACGGCCCUUAUCCUUAAUACCAACUUUGACCAUAAUCCUAUUAGUCUUAGUAAAGUUGAGACCACAACUUUAACUGGAGUCAAGACAAGCCAAUCAUCGAUCUUGUUGAGCGGUCUUUUGUCAAGUGUUGCCACUGCCACUACCGCCACCUACGAGCCGAUCAUUCAUGGAUCCUCUGCCUCCAACGUCCCCACUUCAUCAGAAACUGGGUCAUCCCCUGCCACCGAUUCAAACGCCUGGUCGCUCGGUGGUAAACGUCACCAGUCAAAGUCGGAACUACCUGGUAUGUCUCUCGAUAGCAACGCCACUGUUUUGAGGGAGGUAUUCGACCCUGAUGAUGAGGGAUGCAUUCAAGCUCUUCAGCUUUACGCACUGAGCUUCCUCUCCCCUUACGAGCCCUCAGAGAGACAGAUUGCCAGAUUGGUAAGAUCACACUUUUACCGUAUCAUCGUUAUGGAAGAUCACAAUAAGCUGGUCGUUGCAUGUGCAUUCAUAGUUGAGCAUCAUGAGUACAACACCUACCAUAUCGAUUACCUCUGUGUACGUCCUGGUAUGAGAGGUGCCGGUCACGGUGGAAAGUUCUUCCAGCAAUUGAUGACCUACCUCCGUUAUGAACAGCGAUACCCAAUGGUUACGCUCGAGAGUGAGACCAAGAUGGUCGGAUGGUACUUGAAGUUGAAGGUUCUCCAUUUGAACGUCGAAAGUGACAGUGUCGAGCAGGACGGUGAAACCUUGAGAUGGUGGUUGCUAAUGGUGCCUUUGGGUGACGUGAUCAACCUCCAGGAAGGUGAAGACACCCCUCAGCAGUUGAUCAUCGUCAACAGUUUAUCUGUCACCCAAGUCACCCAAACCACACUCCAAUCUCUUGUCAAAGGUCUAAAAAUGCUUCUCAAGAUUGCUGCCCACGAGUUAGAAGCUCAAAUCGAAAGAGUCAUUCCUUUGAUGAUCUAA